ACAGUUAAAAUCGUCACACCUCAGUCAUCAUGGCUAUUAUAACUUUACUGCUGUUGAGUGUUGUUGGAUCUGCAUUUUGUCAUGGCCCAUAUGGUGGUGGAGGCGCUGGAUGGUACGGCGGUGGUGGUGGUGGCGGAGGACUUGGAUCUGGCGGCAGUGGUGGACUAUUGUUAUUAGGCGGAGGAUUAGGCGGAGGCGGAGGAGGAGGAGGAGGAGGUGGAGGAGGAAAGAAAGGUAGUCAAGUAUGGUGUACCUGUCGUAAAGGACAAUGUUUAAAAGGAGAAUUUGUUUUGGACAAGUAUUGCAGACUAACACCCUUAUUCCCAGGGAAAUGGACUACAUGCUGUAAGGUGUUACCAAACAGUGUAACUAGUCAAAGUUACGGUGGAGGUGGUGGUGGAGCUGGAUUCGGCGGCGGUGCUGGUAUCAGUGGCGGUGGCGUUAUUGUAGUUGGAUCUGGAGCUGGUGGAGGAUCUUGGUAUGGCGGUGGAUAUAAUAAUGGAGAAGGAUCCGGAUAUGGAAGCAGAAAAGGAAGUACAUACUGAACAAAAUUCGCUAGACCUGUUUGGCAGUAGUUAUUUAGCAAAUGAAUGUGUAUUUUGAUAUUUCUGAAAAAAGAAUUAAAAACAUAUUCACGCAUA